AUGGCGCACGGUACCCUUGGUUCCAUCGAGCUUGCAUUGCAGAUUCCCACAAUCCAAGUUCCUCAUGUUUAUCAUGACGUCGCUUAUGGUACCCAGGCUGUCUCAGACGACGACGACGACGACGACGACGACGACAACAACGUGUUGGACGUGGGUCCGUACGGCAUCAGACCCAGGAGAUGCGCCGUUUGUGCGAAACAAACCCUCUCUCCGUUGGUCGUGUGCAGGAGCUGCAUGGUCGUCUUUUACUGUGGCGCCGCCCACCAGGCGAUUGACCGACCUUACCACAAGGCAGCUUGUGAUACCAUCAAGAGGAGCCAUGUACAGCUUUGGAGGGAAAAACAAGCACUUCGAGCCCACCCUGGCGAUAUGUCGCUGCCAGUCGAUGUUUUCAACACGGUCGUUGGGGAUUUUGGACAGUAUUGUGAGACGCGCAAGUACUUGAGGAUGAAAUUCGCGGCCGCAGAAGCCCUCCUUAAAAUCGACACCGUGACUGCCGUCGAGAAAGCGCUCACUCACUUUACCGACAUGCUUCGUCUCGACAAAAGCGACAGUCUAGGUGUGGGGGACAUUAUUCCCAGCCUGCUACUGCGUCUUGGAAGCAAGCAAGAAUGCUAUGACUUUCUCAUGCGAUCGGCCCUCGAGGCUCACAACGACACAUACACCCACCAGAAUAUCAACGCUUUCGAGCGCAUCAAGGCAUUCUGCGCACCUGGAAACGUCGAGGAGGCUCACCGAGCUGUUCACCUAUGUCGGGCAGCCUGGGAAGAGAGUGAGGGCGCUAUCGCCAGGGUUGACUCGGAUACCGCGCAGCUCACGCCAGUAUAUGGAGGUCACCUUACCGGCACCGGUACCGGUGACCCUCGAUGGCAGGGACACGAAGCAUUGAAGAAAACAGCGAACUUGCCUGAACACCGAGCUACCAGAGCCGCCUUCCCAUCAAAGUUCCAGCCACCGUUACCGACGUCCCAUCCAGCCAACCUUUUCCUGUCCACUCCCACGGCCCUUCACCAGAGCAGCCAGACCGUACGGUUCGUCAACCGAAACGACCGGGAGACAGCCCUUGUAUACACCAACGGCGCCUGCGUCAAUAACGGACAAACCAAUCCCCGUGACGGCUGGGCGGUCGUGUUGGGUCCGGCUGAUGGCGGGAAGGGGCGGAACGGCCGCGGCGUCAAAAAUAGAGAUAUCUGGGAACUCUUGUUGGAGGAGGUGGAGAGAUGGGAUGCACCUAAGAUGGAGCAAGCUACGACGGUAGAGGCCGCCCUGGCCAUCCUCAGCAGACAAAUCACGCCGCAGAUUAUCAUUGCCUGGGAUGAGGGUAUAACCAAACACCGGAAGGUCUGCGAAGCCGUCAUAGGCUGCCUCCGUAAUGGCGCCACCGUCGUUCUGGUUGGCUGUUUCAGCAACAUGGUGAGCAGGGGCCAGCUCAGUCGGCUUUUUGCCAGGCUUGGGCUCCCCUGGGAACGAGGGUUGUACGAACGAACCACGGUCAGUCUUGCGCGUGAUGCUGUUCAUGGCCGCCUGGCAGCCUGGCUACCAUCUACAUCCAGCCAGAAGGCCCUCUUUUUGAGAAAGGUGGCACCAUCAGCGGCCUGGUACACCCCGAGCGGAUGCUCCGGCCAGGCGGCCAUGGCAUUCGCAAAAGUUGGCAUGGGCAGGCUUGGCUAUGUUGGUGAUGUGAAUGGCGAGGAGGCCACCGAUACGGUGGUCCUUGCCAUGUGCGGACUAAUUACUGGGUUGAUUAAUCCCGCCAUUCCGGGAAACUGA